AAAGAAUUAAUAAUAAACGAAAACGUCAAAUCAAAUGAAAUGAAAAACCAAACGGAUCCGGCCGGGCCGCCACAUUUUGUAUAUUGCGCGUACAUUGCUAAAAAUGAAUAAUAGUUAAGAAUUUUAUCUUUAAAGUUCAAAAAUGGAGGAUGAGGAUUUUCUUCAACCAUCUCAGUUCUCCCGGACACAACAGCGCAGCAACUCCACCAAUCGCUCCCAAAUGGUCACAAGCACCAUGAACCCGUCACCCAGCGGUUCCCAAGUCAGGCCGAGCCAGCCGAACCAGGCCCGCAGUCAGCCAUCAUUUCAGACAGAGCUGUCGCAGAUUCAAGAUGGGCUGAGGUUUCUUACUGAUAGAAUACAACAGCUUUCUGGAAACAGGGGCAUCCAGCGACCAGCGACAGCAGAACUUAAGCCGAACGUUAAAGAAGAAUGCCAGAUCUGCCACAAACUUUACGCCAACAAAACGACACUCUUCAGACACUACCAAGGUAUUCAUAAGGAGAUGAACCCAGAGAGGUUCCAUGGCUGCUUGGUUAACAGCACUGUAGUUAGUCUCGAUGCUUCUUUCAGAGAGAUACAAUGUCCUAUCUGUGCAUAUUUAGCUCCCACGCAAAGUGCUCUUGAUGCCCAUAAUAGAACUACUCAUAGCAAUGUAGUUAAUGCAAAUGUAAAUGUAGCUCCAACUCAAAUCACUGUUGAUGCUCAAAAUAAAGCAAAUAAUACAGCUACAGCUGUCACCAGUAACGUGAAUAAUGGUAAUUUUAAAGAUAAAAUGCACAAAUGUGAAGAAUGUGCUUGUUAUUUUGAAGAGAAAAGCAAAUUCGAUGAGCACAUGAAAGUACAACAUGGUUUUGAAGUUGUAUGUAAGAUUUGUAACAAGAAUUUCCUCUUUAAAGACAUUGAUGGACAUGUUAAGAAGAAACAUCCUGAUGUCUAUAACAAGAAGCGUAAAGAUAACGUUGAAAAUAUCAUUGUUGAGAAAGUGAUGAAAAGUAAAAAAGGGAGGGUUCAUGUUUUCAUUUGUACUAAAUGUGGUACUAAAAUUUAUGACAAGAUGGAAGCAGAAAGGCAUGCUAGAGGCCACAAAAAGGGGCUUAAAAUAAAAGUAACUCCAAGAAACAAAGUAGCAAAUGCUGAAGAAAGCAUUCCAGUAGUGAGCUUAGAUGAUGAUAACGUUAUACUCACAUGCACCAAUUGUGAUAUUUCUACAGGUUCCUACGAUGCUGCUGUUGAACAUUCACAAAACCACAUAACAAAUAAUAUACAAUUUGUGACACAAAUUUGUGAAAUAUGCGAUUUGAAGUUUGAACCAUUAUGCUACAAGAAACACAUUGACUUGCAUUACAGAAACAAAGAAAUACACAGAGAAUCGUUUAAAUACUUUAAAUACAGAUAUGAAUUCCUGUCCUUUGAAAAUUGGCUCAAUUGUUUUGAUAUGACCGAGCCUGUAGUGAAAAAAAUUAUAUCUGAAAGCAUUUAUGCACACACACGGUCUGUUAAAAUGAGGGUCUUGCAUGAAGGUUCAUACAGACUUUACAAAUGUUGUAAAUGUGAUAAUUUUGUAGAGCCGGCCGCGGUGUACAACCAUACUGUGAACUACGACACUUGUGUCAAAAUUAAGUGUAGUUAUCCUUGCAAAAUUUGUAAAAGGACCUUCAACAAUCGAUUGGCUAUAAACAACCAUAUAAAGAAUCACAAAAGCGAAGAGGCAUAUAAGAUUGUGUUAUUCAAUCAUGAAAAUGAUAAAGAAUUAAAUGAAGUACUUAAUGCUAAUAAAUUGCAAAAUACUGCGAGCACCAGUAAUGGUAAUCUUUCCAAUGUACUGUAUAAAUGCUUAUGCGGUCUUUGUUUCGUAAGAAAAGAAACUGCUGAUAAACACAAAAUUAUAUGCCCUGGAAAAGAUGCCAAAAAUCCUUGUCUAAAAUGCAACAACAAAUAUUUCUUCACUCAAAAAGAGUUAGUGGCGCAUGCCUUUGAACAUCAUCAGAACGGAAUACGAAUUGUUAUAGAAAAUAUUCAUCCUGAAGUUAUUGUGGUUGAUUCUGACGAGGAAAUCAUUGAAAUUGAUUCAAGUGAUGAAGACGACGGCCAAAAUGAAGGUGUUAACAAUAUUCAGAUUAGAGCUAUAAAAACUGAACAUGCAAUCCAAAGUUCCAGUGAUGAGGCUGGCAAACAGAACAUGAAUACGAUAGGGAUGGCAGCAGCUGACGCAGGCGUCACAAACGAAGAACAUAUGGCUUUGGAAGCCGCUACAUUAGAUAUAGAAAAAACAGAGCAAGAUGAUACAAAUGAAGAUGAAAAUAGACCUAAUCACGAAAUGGGAGAAAUGAAUAAUGAAAUGACCGAUGACGAUUCUCAAGACACAAUUUCUUAUGAAAAUACAGAAACCUGCUCAGAUGCAGUUACCCAACCUCCUGAUGUAAACGAAGAGGGUCAAUUAAAAUUAGUUGCGCCAAAUUUGUUAAUAAACCCAUUCCAUAACCCCUUUGAAAACGGGUUUCUAAAAGUAUGGGAUGUUGGAGCGUUAAACAGAGAAAUUAACACUGAUAUCGAGAAUAUAAGAAACCAAAUUGAAACGACGACUGACAAACCAUCUAAUGAAUUUGCUAUAAAAAAAGAGAAAUCUUGGUUGUAUGAUCCUACUGACUUUUCUCAUAUUUCUAAACGACGGUCUUUAAGGCAAGAAAUGCGUCCAAGUUCUAGUAAUCAACUAGUUCCAGAAGUGGAGUCACUAUUAACAGAUGAGGAAACAGGCAUCAAUCCAGACAAAGAAGAAACAGGACAUAAUAAUAUGCGCAAAGAUUAUACAGACAACAAUGUAUCUAGCAAUGCCCAAACAGGUAUAGAUCACACUAUUAAUGGUAUAAAUGAUGAACAAAUAUUAAAUGAAAUAUCACACAUUAACAAUCGCAAUGAUAAUACACAUGAAACUUUAAACAACAUUGAAGAUAUACAUGACAGAAUUGAAGUAGAUAAAGAUAAUGACGCCCAAACAGAGUUGAACAGAAAUGAUAGUCACGGGGUUAAUAUAAAUAAAUCUCGAAUUCUGAAUGAAGAAAUAGAAAAUAAUGAAGAUCAUGACGACGACCUUUUUCUUCCAUCUCUACCACCAGGCAUUGAAAAUCGUGGACACAUUGAGCUUAAUAACAAUCAGAAGGAAAUUCCUAAAGUUAUGCGUGAAGAACAAGUAUGUAACCAAGUACACUUAUCUAAUGACACAACUAAUGUUGAAACAGAUAACCCAACUGAGAAUGCAGACGAGACAGAACACAAUACUAGAUCUGAGAAUGAAAAGAAUGAUUCCCUUAAUGCAGACAGCAUUGUAAAUCAAACAGAAAUUGAUAAUGAUAAAGUAGGUGAAAAUUAUAAUAUGGAUUCUAGGCCAUCUGUUCUCGAAGACACACCUACAAACACUAAUAUUGGCGGAAAGGAUAUGGAUUCUAGGCCAUCCUUUGUGGAAUACACACCAAGAACUACUAUUGUUGAUGAAAAAGAUUUGGAUUCUAAGCCAUCUGCUCCGAAAGAUACAACAACCACUAACAUUAAUGAUAUUAGUAGUAAUAUUCAAGUAGUUUCGAAUGAGCCUCCAGAAAACCAAAUAAUGGCUACAGAUAAUAUAAUUAACAUAAAAAGAGAGUUCCAAUACAUGAAUAUAAAUAUAAAAAGAGAAUUAAUUGAGGAAAACGAAAACACUGAAAAUAGCUGUGAUAAAGAUAAUCUAGUACAAAUAAAAAGAGAACCAAAUUAUAAUUUAGAGAACGUAUACAAAGAUAAUAAAGAAAAUGAUUUUAUUGAUACGGAAAACGUGAAUAAUGAUAACUAUAAUAAUUGUAGUAUUUUCUAAAAAUACGAUGACAUUUCUUUUUCAACGUUUUUUUUUAAAUUAUAAUUAAUGUUUAUGUUAAAUAAGUGACUUACGUGCGUGAGUCGGCAGCAAAAAUAUUAUACUUUGAUUUUUUUAGCAUUAGAAAAGGGGUAAACAAUCUUGAGUCUUUUUAUUGAAAAACGCUUUAAAUAAAAUAGUAACUAAUUAUUACUUAUGAAACCAAAAGAAUGUAAAUGAUCAUAAUAAUAUGUAUUUGCUUAACACAUGUUACAUAUUUGCUGUGAUUUAUUUUUCAAUAAAAAGAUUCGUCAAUAUCCGGUCCACACAGAGCGAGAAUACGCGC